AUGAGAAUGGUAUAUUUACUUGAUACUAUCAAUCCUUUUCCCACUCUAUAAUUUUAGAACACUAUUGAAAUGGUUUUUAUAUUGAUGGUUUGUUUGCAGGUAAUUAAAUGUGUAGGUGAUUUGAUGGUCUGUCUAUUACAAUGAGGUGAGGUGAGUGCAAUCCAUACUUUUUGUUAAAUUUAUAUUUGGUAGUAUAUAUUUCUAUGUUUUAAUAUGGAGUUAAUAAAUUUUUUUGUGAACUUGCAUAAGUUAGAGAUGUAAAACAUGUUUUAUCAUUCUAAAUACUAAAAAGGUAGCAAUUCAUAAAAGCAAUCAAAAGACUCUUCUUUGUGCAUUAUUAGUAGUUUUAUCUUCCCAAUUUUAAUUAGUUAUGCUUGCCCUUUUUGUGUAUUUAUUAUUGUCCACCCACAUAGCAGCCGGUGUCUAAAUUUUCUAUUAACAUAUCAUAUAAUCUUCAUAGUGACCAUUCAGAUCUAAAACCAUAGCCUUGGGUUUUUUUUUUUAUUUCUUCUUCUUCUUCUUCUCCUCACCCCCAAUUCCAGAUGGCAAUUCCUCUUUGAUCCCUCGGAAUUUCAAUUCGGAUUGCGAUGGGGAAGAACGAAUUCCUAACGCCCAAGGCCAUCGCGAACCGGAUCAAAGCCAAGGGUCUCCAGAAGCUUCGCUGGUACUGCCAGAUGUGCCAGAAGCAAUGCCGCGACGCAAACGGUUUCAAGUGUCACUGUAUGAGCGAGUCCCACCAGCGUGAGAUGCAAGUCUUCGGCCAGAACCCCGAUCGUAUCGUCAACGGCUACUUUGAGGAGUUCGAGCGCAACUUUCUCGACCUCAUGAAGCGUAGCCAUAGCUUCAGUCUCGUCUCUGCCACCGUUGUUUACAACGAAUAUAUCAUGACCGCCAUCACGUCCACAUGAAUUCCACCCAGUGGGCCACCCUCACCGAGUUUGUCAAGUACUUGGGCCGCAUCGGCGAGUGUAAGGUAGAAGAAACCCCAAAAGGGUGGUUUAUUACCUCUAUUGAUCGUGAUUCGGAGACAGUGUUUAAGGAAAAGCAGAAGAACAAGAGAAUGAAGAUGGAGAUGUCGGAAGAAGAGAAAAAAGAGCGCGAAAUCCAGAAGCAGAUUGAAAAGGCUGAGCAGUUGAUGCCUUUGAAUCCUGAUGCUGAGAAGGAGAAAAAGCAGAAAUUGCUGCUGUGAAGGAAUUGAAUUUAGAGAAUGGAGUUAAAGUUGGGUUUUCACUCGGUUCAAACGUACCAAAAAAUAAUAAUAAAUAAUAAAGAGAAAGUGGAAACUUCCAAGUCUAGGGUAGUUUUUGAGGAGGCUGAGAAUGAGGAGAAGAAGCAAAAAAUGAAAGUGCUAAAGAUGGAAAGAAGAGGGCUUGGGAAGAGUUGGUGAGGGAGGAGGAGAAAGCAAAGGAACGAAUUAAUAGGAAGGAUUAUUGGUUAUGUGAGGAGAUAAUAGUUAAAGUGAUGAGCAAGGCAUUAGCAGACAAGGGGUACUAUAAGCAGAAGGGGGUGGUUAGGAAAGUUAUUGAUGAAUAUGUGGGGGAAAUUGAGAUGCUCGAGAGCAAGCAUGUUUUGAGAGUCCAUCAGGAGGAGCUUGAGACUGUUAUUCCACAAAUUGGGGAAUUGGUGAGGAUAGUAAAUGGGGCAUACAGAGGAUCAAAUGCAAGGUUGUUGGGUGUGGAUACAGAGAAGUUUUGUGCAAAGGUGCAGAUAGAGAAGGGCAUCUAUGAUGGGAGAGUGCUCAAGGCUGUUGAGUAUGAGGAUAUUUGCAAAGUCACUUAGUCAGUUCAACGUAGACUGCUCUGCAUGUGUUAAGGAAGUAGAAGAAGAAUGUCUUAUCAUCACCCGUACAUUUCUUCGAAAGUCUCAAACUUCAUAACGAUUAUGGAAUGCCUCAUAUUGAUGUGAGUAAAAAAUUUGUAUUUUUAUUUCUUUAUAUAUGCUGGUGUGCAUUGUUUUUCCUUCAUUCUUUUUUCUUUUUAUAGUUUUCCUUCUUUACUGUUGGUCAGUUGUUUAGUUGUGCCAUAGAAAUUUAAAUAAGCCUUGCUUCAUAUA